CCUUGAAUAUAUAUACCUCCCUCCAUCCUGAGACCGCCAAAGGCGAGGACCCAGACCCAGUCAAGUUGUUCAGCUUUCAAAACCCCCCCAACUUUUCCAUUAGAUAACAAGCGCCGCUGUAGAGAGAAAAUAAUUAGAAAAAGAAAUAGAGGUUCGGACAUGGGGUCUCUUGCUCCAGUGUCUUACUGGAAUCCCGAAGACGACCUUUUGCUGAUGAACGCCAUUGAGGCUGGUGCUUCUUUGGAAUCACUUGCUAAAGGUGCAGUGCAAUUUUCAAAAAGACUUACUGUUCGAGAACUGCAAGAUCGGUGGCAUUCUCUCCUUUAUGAUCCUGUUAUUUCUACAGAAGCUUCUGCCCGCAUGAUUGCAUUUGAGCGUUCUGCUACAAUUCCUCCGUCAAAGUUCAGUAGAUCUGGCAACUCCAAAGAAAUAAAACCCAUUUAUGGUAAGAGAAAGGCCGGAAGUGUUCGUAAUUGUUAUUAUGCGCUGCGCAAGAGAAUUUGCAAUGAGCCAUUUAACUCCAUGAAUAUGAAUUUUCUUUUUCUUGAUGCACCUGAUAAUGGAAAUUUCAUUGGGAACGGAGAUGAGCCUUUAUCUGGAGAUCCUAUCUCAGAUAAUUUUGGACUCCAAGGAUCAAACUUGGAUGCUGUUUUUCCUCAAAAUCAGAUAAAUGGUAGCAUUGCCACUGAUGGUACUGCUGCCGCAGCCCAUUCCUUUCACCCAGGACUCCAGCACCCUGGUGAUAAAGAUUAUCUCAUUGGGAAAGCUAAUAUACACGAAGAUACUCAUACUUUUGGUGCAAAUCUUCAUUUUACCGGGAAUACUGGGGUUGAGGAAUUGGGUCGACCAAAACAAGUAAUGGCACACAACCUCUUCAAAUCUGAUGAUUUAUGUGUGGAGCCCUCAUCUACAUUUGAUCAAAUUGAUAAUGAUCCGGGAAACAUAUGCUCUGACUUUGAAGGUAAUCAGGUGUUCAAUUCACCGAUGUCGGAAUGUGGUGCAUCAUUUCACAACUUGGGGUUUUCAUCACCAGUUCAUGGAAUGCCUAUAUGGAGAACAGUUGAGGGCAUUGUAGAUCCAUCUAUGGCAGUUGAUGUUGGCCUUAGAGAAAGAGAUAUUUACUCUGGAGUUAGAUUUGAACUUCCCAAUGAUGAUGAUGACAGGAAUGCGACAACAUUAGGGUAUGAUGGUCAGUCAGACUCCAAGUUGAAAAUUGAAACACCCUGUGAUGGUUUGAAGAGUCCGACUACUAGUACAGAAGGUUAUUUGGAAGAAUUAUCCAAUUCUCUUCUGAAUUUUACAAGUGAGGAAGAUCUUUUGUUCAUGGAUGAUGAUGGGAAAGACAUUGAUAAAUCUUACUAUGAUGGCCUAAGCUCACUCUUGUUGAAUUCACCUGAUGAUGCAAGUCAAAAUCACACACCCUGUAUGACUGAACCGCAGGCAUCAGUAGCUCAGGAGACAUAUCUUAACAAUCCAUCUAAUGCAUCUCCAGGAGAGUUAGAGAAUAACAAGGGAUCUCUGUGUGGUGAUGGCUACGGGGCUCAAGAUUCAGGCACCGAAAUGCUAUCGUCUUCGUUAGAUUCAAACUCUCAGUUUCCUGAUCUGAGUGAGGAAUUUAUGUUCUGUACAUUGAACACUGAGGAUCCAGAAAUUCCAUGCAAUGAUGAUUUUUGCCCACAAAAUUGGCUCUCCCCAUCAUCAGUUUCCUUUAUAUCCAAUAAUCCAACUCAUUCAACUGUUAAUGAUAUUUUGAGCAGUCAAAGAACUCGUGAAAGAGGUCUGCUUCCCUUGCAGAGAGAAGGAGAAAACAUGGGAGAAUUUCGUUCAUCUUCAGCAAGUUUGAGCAUUGAUUCUUGUCGACCCACAAUGCUGAAGGAAGAGAAGUUAGAAGUUUUACCCUCACAGCAUCUUGGUCAUAACCAAAUGAAUUCAUUCAUAAAGAGGCCAUCUCUUUGUUCUGAUAGCGUGAAAGCCUGUACCCAGGCAAAUGCUAGUAGCGUUAAAUGGGAACUAGAUGUACCAGCUCCAAUUAGAGAUUAUCAAUCAACACAUUCUGAGAUUGAACCUCUAGAUAUUUCUGUGCCUGAACCUGUAGAAAACCCUUUAAUAUCAGAACAGGAAGAGCUACCUGUUGAGAGUGAUGAUGAUGUACCUCAUUAUUCAGAUAUGGAAGCAAUGAUACUUGAUAUGGACUUGGAGCCAGAGGACCAGGAUCUGUAUUCUAGUGAGGAAGUUUCAAGAUAUCGGCUUGUGGACACGAAGAGGACAAUUAUAAGGCUGGAGCAGGGUGCACAUUGUUCCAUGCAAAGAGCCAUUGCAUCUCACGGAGCAUUUGCCAUUUUAUAUGGCCGAUAUUCCAAGCAUUAUAUUAAAAAACCUGAGGUGUUACUUGGUAGAGCAACAGAAGAUGUUAUUGUUGACAUUGACUUGGGCAGGGAAGGGCGCGCCAAUAAAAUAUCUCGUCGGCAGGCUAUUAUAAAGAUGGACAAUGGUGGAUCAUUCUAUCUGACAAAUCUUGGCAAGUGCUCAAUUUCAGUUAAUAACAAGGAAGUAGGCCCUGGUCAGAGUCUAAGCCUCAUUUCCAGUUGUUUGAUUGAGAUACGGGGAAUGCCAUUCAUAUUCGAGACGAACGGAACGCGGGUGCAGCAGUAUUUGUGUGACAUCACCGAGAAUAAGCAAACCCAGGAGCAUCAACUGUGACUCGUAGCUCAGGUGCCACUAACAAGAUGAUCGACGGUGCUCAUUUUUCCCGCACUUUCUGGGUUCCCUAGGUAAGCUGGAUGUAAAGCUAUUUUUGGUUUUGAUUUUUUCUGUUUUUGAAAGUUGGGAGCCAUUAUUACUACAUGUUUGAAUUCGUAUAAUAACAUUUUCUCUCCUGCAUGGAGUUCAGGGCAAUUAAACUCCCUACCCCCAACACACUUUAGGAAGAAGGACGCUGCUUAGGCCAAGUGUUAAUAAUAUUUUAAAAUCUGAUUUUGGUAUUCAAUAUCGGGCAUCAAAUUCUAA